AUCAAGAAAUUGGCCGUAUUGACCAAAGAGGAAAAGAAAGAGUUCGAAACCAAACUUGCAGAAAAUUACCUUUUCAAAGGUGUUAAAAUCCAGGAGUGUCCACGUUGUCAAUCUUAUUGCGAACGAAAAGAUUCCAAAUCUGUCCGCGUGAUCUGUCCAAUAUGUACACGUCAAAAGGAAGAAUUGUAUGAAUUUUGUUGGUUUUGUUUGAAAACUUGGCUUACAAAUACUACUCAUGAUUGUGGCAACCACGGAUGUUCUGGUGAAGAUCCCAGAAUACGGCUUCUUCGCAAUGCACCGAAAAAAUCCAUAGUCGAGGUGCCCAAUUGUCCUUCUGUAAGAAGUUGUCCAAAAUGUGGUCUGUUAAUUGAGCAUAUUAAAGCAUGUAAGCAGAUGGUUUGUCUUUGUGGACAGAAAUUCUGUUUCAUUUGUUUGAAAAAAGCAGAUGCUUCAGGAAAGUACACAUGCGGUGCGUAUAAUUUCAAAUGUCAAAUUGCAGCAAUCCAAACCAAACUUGCUUGA